AUGUCAUUAUUAAGGAGAUCUAAAGUACCUAAAUGGAACAUACGGUUCAAUUCAAAUAUAGCAAAUCAACAUGUUUUCACAUCUAAAACCAUAGGUAAAGAUAUUUCAACACAUCAAUUAUUACAAGAUUUAGGUUAUAUAAAUCAACCAUCUACAGGUUUAAUACAUUGGUUACCAUUAGGAUUAAAAGUUUUACAUAAAGUUGAAGGAAUAAUAAGGAAACGGAUGGAUGAAGUUGGAGGUGAAGAAUUUAGUUUAAGUAGCUUAAGUGGGAAAGAACUUUGGGAAAAAACUGGUAGAUGGAAUAAUACAGAAUUAUUUAAAUUAAAAAUUGGUAGUGGUAAUGAUGAUUUUGAUAAAACCAGGGAAAAUUUUUGUCUAACACCAACUCAUGAAGAGGAAAUUACAAAUAUUUUAAAAAAUUCUCAAAUUAAUUAUAAAAAUUUACCAAUUUUAACUUAUCAAAUUUCUAGGAAAUAUAGAUAUGAAAAAAGACCAAGAGGUGGAUUAUUAAGAGGUCGAGAAUUUUUAAUGAAAGAUGCUUAUUCAUUUGAUAAAUCCGCAGAGGAAGCAAUGGAGAUGUAUGAAAAUUUAAAUAAUACAUAUUUAAAAAUUUUCAAAGAUUUAAAAAUUCCAUUCUUAUCAGCAAAUGCCGAUUCUGGUGAUAUUGGUGGUUCUUUAUCAAAAGAAUGGCAUUAUAUUCAUGAAUCUGGUGAAGAUGUGUUACAUAAAUGUUCUGAAUGUGAAAGAGUUAGUAAUUCAGAAUUAACAAUUAGUUAUCCUAAUGAAGAUACUCCACCUGCAAAAGAAGCUGAUGUUCGUUAUAUGUUGAAUGAAAAUAAAGAUACUUUAAUUUGUGCAUAUUUCCCUAAAGAUAGGAAAUUUAUGCCAAAUUUUAUAAAAGACGAGAUUGAUGAUUUAGAUUUAUCAACAUUAAAUUUAUCAUUUGAAGAAAUUUAUAAACAAUUUAAAGGUGAAGAAGAAGAAGAUGAAGAUAUUUUAGUUUUAAAAAAAUUUAUAAGAAUUAUGGAUCCAAGAAUUAAUCAUCAAACAAAUUUACCAGAUUUCCCAAUUUCAAAAUUUCAAAAAAAUAAUUUUUCCACAUUAACAGAUUUAUCCAUUGUUGAAUCUAAAACUGGAGAAAUUUGUGGAGAUUGUGAAUCAGGUUUUUUAGAAUCAAUGAAUGCAAUUGAAGUUGGUCAUACUUUUUAUUUAGGUACUCGUUAUUCAAAUCCAUUAAAUGCAAAAUUCACAAAUCAAGAUAAUAAACAACAAUUAUUUGAAAUGGGAUGUUAUGGUAUUGGUAUAAGUCGUAUAGUUGCAGCAAUUGCCACAGUUACAAGAGAUUCAGAAGGUUUAAUUUGGCCAUCAUCAAUUUCUCCAUAUGAUGUUUCUUUAAUUGAAGCACCAAAAUCCACUAGGGAAAAUAUUGAUGAAGUUGUUUCAAUUUUAAAAAAUGAUGAUAUUUCAAUAUCAUUUGAUAAAAGAUCUUUGAAUAAAGUUGGAUUUGGUUCCAAAAUGAUAAAUUCAAGAAUGUUGGGAUUCCCAUUAAUUAUUAUAAUUGGUUCAAAAUUCCCAAUUGUAGAAAUUGAAAUUAGAGGUAAAAGAUGGAAUAAUGCAGAAGAUUAUGAAUAUAAAUCAUUAUUUGAUCAAUAUGCAUCAAAUUGGGGAUGGGAAAUUCAAAAUGAUAAAGUUGAAAAACAUUUUGUUCAUAAAGAUCAUGUUUCAAAAGUUAUUAAAUCGUUAUUGAAAGAUUUAUAA